CAACAUGCGUGAACUUCGCUCGCUUGUGCUAGUUUUUUUGUCGUCCUUACCAGUAGCCUAUAUAGGCCAAAUUGGCCAUGAACAAUCAAAUCCAUACACGCACACGCACAAAACCGGUGAGUCCAGAGGGAGGAUCAACGUGCGUCGCGUGCUCAGAGCCCAAGGACAGAGAGACUCACCCACCGGGCAGGCGACGAUGGCGGCGGCGGCGGAUUGCGGUGGCGGCCGGCGGAUGUUCGCCGUGGCGUGCGGCGUGCUCAGCCGCUGCGUCAAGGCCGAGGCGGCCGCCGGGAAGAUGGCGAGCUGUUACCCCGCUUCGCCGGCGGCCACGAUGUUGCUUAUGCCGGGAGCGGACGUCGUGCCGGACGUGAGGGAGGAGGAGGAGCGCGCCCAGGGGAAGAAGCCCGAGAUCGUGUACGGCGGGCGGGUGCUGGUGCUCGACGGCUUCCCCGCGGUCGGCGCGGCCGAGCUGGUGCGCGCCGCGGCGGGCGGCGGCGGCGGCGGGGGCCCCGCCGACCUGCCGGUGGCGAGGAAGGCGUCGCUGCAGCGGUUCAUGGAGAAGAGGCGCGGCAGGCUCGGUGCGACGGCGCCGUACUCGCCACGGGCACGCGGGGCGCCGGCGGCCCCUUUGCCGUUCCGGCCACUGGCGGCCAGUGCCCGCAAGGACGACGACGGAGGCGCCGGGUGCUGGCUCGAGCUGGCCACGCCGGGGGGAUCAGGCCGCGCGGCGUGGUGACACUGAGGCGUCUCGUCAUCCGCACCCCGACGACGACGGCGGCGGCGGCGGCGCGCUCGACUGACAUCAAAUUUGCUUCCUUUUUCCUGCGAUCAAGACAAAUUGGCUCGUUGGGCUUUUGAUUCGGAUCGCAAGACUCAAGGCUAAUUUACUGACAUGUAUAAAACAAGUAUUAUAUAUAUAAAUCUGGAUUAGAGAUGCAACAAUUUAUAAGAGAGAUUGGGGUUAGGCGCCUCGAUCGUUCUCUCAUCUUCGAAGAAUUUGCAGUUGCAUUUCAAAGCAUCAAUGAAAGCAAACUAAACCAUGUAAUUCCCCAUCCAUAAUUUGAUAUACAUCACGCUAAAAAUAUCGUCUGGGCCACUGAAGUUUUUCCCCACAAGGGUGAAGGCACAACAUGGCCCUUUUAAUUCGUUCGACCUUAGGUCCAUAGUGCAGCAGAAUGUAAAAAUACAUUUGCAAAUUUAUGAAUGGUUUUUUUUUCAUAUCGUUAA